AUGAGCCAAAAUCGUGUGGUGAUCCCUGCAGUCUGUUUUACGGUUUGCGCCGCCUUUCAGGGCUGGGAAUUUUGUGGCCCUCACAAGCCCGAGCGUGCUAAAGCGAGGGCACUAUUUCGGGACGUACGGGCAGGAUGGGUCGUGGACAACUACAUGAAGGGACAAGCGGCGGUGAACACGACGAGGGACUACAUACGAGCCGCCUUAUUCUUUGCCAACACCGCCAUCCUCCUCACAACGUUCGUCGUGGGGUACGCAGGGUCGAUCUACACGGACUGCUCCGACGGAGACAAGUCUUGCAGCGCCGACGACUGGCUGUUCGUCAUCAAGCUCGGCGUCCUGGCGGCGCUGCUCAUGACCAUCUUCUUCGUCUUCACGCAGUGCACUCGCUACGCCGUCCACUUCAGCUUUUGCAUUAACACAAAGAAGAUUGCGGGAGCGCCGAUGCCCCAGUCCCUCAUGGUGAAGGUCUUCAACCACGCUCAUCAGUACUACAGCUUGGGCAUUCGACUCUUCUUCGGAACUAUUCCCGUUUUCGCGUGGAUCUUCACGUCCUGGGCUUUGCUCGCCGUGACUCCCGUGUACGCGUACAUGGUGAGGGGGCUGGAGAACGCCGGUUUCGUGCAGGACGAGCUGGACGAGAUCGCCAGGGUUAAGGCGGCGUUGCCGCAACCGCCGUCGUCGUCCUCACCAUAAACCACAACCCCCUGCAGCAGCAGCAACAGCAGCCGUUGCUCCGCAGAGAGCCGAGGUCAAGAAGUGCGUGGUAUGGCAUCUUCUCGUGCUUUCAGCCGUUGCGGCACCGGCGGCGGGAUCAGCAGCGGUCAUCCCUUGCGGCGGACAGCCGUGGUUAAGCAACCCUCGGCGGUGCAAAGCAACGUGUUUCCCCAAACGCCAUCACUACCAUGUCACUAUCAUGUACUGCAAUUGCAUAUGGGCAGCGCCCAUGUAGAGUGUUGAUUGCGGCACCGCUCUUGUUCACACAAUGGGUUGAGCUUGCCGGACCCCGUAUUUUUCGUAUGCGAGGAGGUGCGGUGGGUAGUGGGGUCCAACGCACACACGGGCUACUAGCUAGAGAGGGUUGCUGUGAAUGCAUGGGAUCCCCGCAACAAAAAAAAAACGGACGUAGAGACACGCCUUGUGGCCUUCGAACAUGGAGCGUACUCCGGAGUAUUUGUGUUAAUGCCUGGCACGAGAGUGCAUAUUAACGGUUUGGAAUAAUUUUGCCAAAAUGGUGCGUUGACGGUAAUUCUUUGUCGUAGAUUACUGCAAGCCAGCUACCUUUCUAAAAGACGCAUGCGGACCUUCACAAAGGGAGCUUUGCUGCCACCUUCGAAUCAAGCAUCAAGCGUAUCGAGCUCAUCCAUAGAAUACCUUCUCAUACUUCGUAUACAGAUAUUGGAAAACUGAAAUCACUCCUGGUGUCGGUCUGACUGCUGCUUUCGUGCUUGAAGGCGCGCACAAGCGUGUGUGUAUGUGUCGGGGGGGAAUCACUCCAUGUGUGCGGGAGUUGCAGACAGAUUCUUGUUGUAUGAUAAUGUACGUUGGAGGUGUGGUUCGAGCAAUUCUUGCCUGACCUUUGCAUACCUUCGUUUGUGGUUCCCAUAUGGACACCCGUUGCUCACACGAUUUCCUCGUGGAGCCUGCCUUGCGUUUCUUUGCUGUGGCACAAAAGGGCUUCUUGUAUUUUGUGUACUAACGUAGACCCGACUUUGUGAAGCGGUGCGUUGCGACAAGGGACAACAGUCCUUGGGGCCAAGUUCCAGCUCAGCUACAUUUUGGUGUCCGAACAUUUUUUCUAACGCGUGGCAAGUUGCCGAAACACCAGUACAUACAUACCACGUACAUGCCAAAUUUCGAUAUUGGUGCGGAUUGAGGCGGGCCCAUUUUUCACUCCGCUGAUCGCCCAAGGCGUAGCUAUCUUUCCAGGGUUCGUUAUUGGCGUUGCUGUUUGAUGUUGCUCUUCGGUAGGAGCGGUUAGUUAUCACUUGAAGAGGUUUACGGUGUACACGUGAUUUUUGUUUUUCCGCAGCAUAGGUCUAGUCGCCCCCGUGGUCUAGUUGGUAUCCCCGAAACCUUCUAGAGGUC